AGCGACCGAGGUACAGUUAUUUCUUGAGCGCGGCGCUCGCAAGUCGCGCAGUCAACUUUUAGGCGCUGUGUCAGUCACUUAAGUGCGCACGUACGGGGCCCGAGACCAACUUUUAAAGUCCGCUACGCACAAUCCUUCCUCAAUCCAACAACAGCUGCAACAGCAGAGGGAUGAGGACGGGGUCGUGGUGCACGUCCACCCUGGUGGUGGGUCUCAUCUACCUCUACAUUUUGGCCGUGGAGGAGGUGAUGGGCCAGCAGGCCGACACCUUCGGCAACAGACCCGCCGGCUUCAACUCUCCGGACCAGUUCUACCCCGGCGCCGCACAGGGCCAGGGUUCCGUGUUCAACGUGCCUGUGGGGGACGCGGGGGCGAGCGGCCCCGCCAAGCAGUUCAGUUCGAGCGGCGCCGCCGGAUUGCCGUACUACGGGGUCGACUUCAAGUACCACAACUACAACGAGCUGACCGACUUUUUGCGCACCACCAGCUCGCAGUUCCCCAACCUCACCGCGCUCUACUCCAUCGGCAAAUCCGUCCAGGGUCGCGACUUGUGGGUGAUGGUGGUGUCGGCGUCGCCGUACGAGCACAUCAUCGGCAAGCCGGACGUCAAGUACGUGGCCAACAUGCACGGCAACGAGGCCGUCGGCCGCGAAAUGAUGCUGCACCUCAUCCACUACCUGGUGACGAGCUACGAGUCUGACCAGUACAUCCGGUGGCUGCUGGACAACACGCGGAUCCACAUUCUGCCGUCGAUGAACCCGGACGGGUUCGAGGUGGCGCGCGAGGGCACGUGCGACGGCGGCCAGGGUCGCUACAACGCGCUCGGCUUCGACCUCAACCGCAACUUCCCCGACUACUUCAAGCAGAACGUCAAGAACGCGCAGCCCGAGACCGAGGCCGUCAAGGAGUGGGUCUCCAAGAUCCAGUUCACCCUGUCCGGCAGUCUGCACGGCGGCGCCCUCGUCGCCAGCUACCCCUUCGACAACACCCCCGCGGCCAGCCUGAGCAACUACAACUCGCCGCCGUCGGUGACGCCCGACGACGACGUGUUCAAGCACUUGGCCCUGACUUAUUCGAGCAACCACGAGGAAAUGCACCGCGGCGAACCCUGCAAGCCGGGCACGCCGUCCUUCAACCAGGGCAUCACCAACGGCGCCGCCUGGUACCCCCUCACAGGAGGAAUGCAGGACUACAACUACGUGUGGUACGGCUGCAUGGAGGUGACCAUCGAGAUGUCCUGCUGCAAGUACCCGCCCAAGUCGCAGCUGCCCAAGUUCUGGGAACAAAACAGACUGCCCCUGGUCAAAUUCCUGGCCGAGGCGCACCGAGGCGUGCACGGCUUCGUGCAGGACGAGAACGGCAACCCCAUCGAAAAGGCCUCGCUCAAGGUCAAGGGUCGCGAGGUUGGAUUCCACACCACCAAGUACGGAGAGUUCUGGAGAGUCCUCAUGCCCGGACAGUAUUCUCUCUCCGUGUUUGCCGAGGGGUACUUCCCGCGCGACGUCGAGUUCAUGGUGGUGGAGCAACACCCGACGCUGCUGAACGUGACCCUGCGCGCGGCCAAGCGUUCUGACGGCUUCUACCGACCUCCCCAGGGACCGCCGGGCCCCAAUUUCUACCACCCGCAACACGCCAACUUCCAGAAACAACCGGUCGACAACAACGCUGGCAUUUUCUCGAGUAUUAGCACCGGAUUCAACAGUCUCGUCAGCAACAUCUUUGGCUGAGGCAACUGAUUAUUUAUGGACCAACUUGCCUAUUACUUUACUUGAGCAGCCAAAGAUGUUGUGGUGGGGCCUGAGGGGGGUUCGGGGGGAGGGUGG